AUUAAGAGAUGUGACAGUACAUCUGAUUAAAACCGUUAUCCAGAGUAGAGGGGACGGAACCGGGGAGUGAGAAAUUGAACCGUUAGCAACAGAAAGGAGCAAAAAAAAGGAGAGAAUAAUCCCACCACCGAGGGCUGUGGAGAGACUGUUUCGCAUCAGUUCGAUCCCAAUCUGCUUUUAACACAGAAAGAAGCCAGCCGGAGAGAGCGAAGGGAGGGCGAGAGAGAAAUCCCCAUCGAAUUGUGUUCGGGGCGAAGGCAACAGAGAAGAGAUUUAAUGUUCACGGAGGGAAGAACAAUGUCACGCCUGUCUUUGACUCGCUCCCCUGUGUCACCAGUGACAUGUCAGGGCAUCCCACUGCCAGCACAGCUCACCAAGUCCAAUGCUCCUGUUCACAUUGAUGUUGGCGGACACAUGUAUACCAGCAGCCUCGCCACCUUAACCAAAUACACAGACUCCAGGAUAGGACGCCUCUUCAACGGCACCGAGCCCAUUGUCCUGGACAGUUUAAAGCAGCACUAUUUCAUUGACCGAGAUGGAGAGAUUUUCCGAUACAUCUUAAGCUUCCUCAGGACAUCGAAGCUCCUGCUUCCAGAGGACUUCAAGGAUUUCUGCCUGCUAUACGAAGAAGCCAAGUAUUACCAGCUACAGCCCAUGGUGAGGGAACUGGAGAGGUGGAAGCAGGAGCAGGAGCAUCGGAAGUGCUCGCAGCCCUGCGAGUGUCUGGUGCUGAGGGUCACGCCUGACCUGGGCGAGCGCAUCAGUCUGAGCGGGGAGAAGUCACUAAUAGAGGAUAUUUUCCCUGAGACUGGGGACGUCAUGUGCAACUCCGUAAACGCGGGGUGGAACCAGGACCCCACGCACGUCAUCCGAUUUCCAAUUAACGGAUACUGCCGGCUUAACUCCGUCCAGGUUCUGGAGCGGUUGUUGCACAAGGGAUUCCGGGUGGUGGCAUCCUGCGGUGGUGGAGUGGAUUCCUCACAGUUCAGUGAAUACGUGCUGUAUCGCCGGGAUAAGCAGUCACAGCUCACACCCACAACGUUCAGAAUAAAGCAAGAGCCCCUGGAUUAGUGUGAGCACCAUCCAGCCUGGCCUGUUAGGCUUUUUUAUGUUCAGUUUCUACCAACCCUCACCCUCCCCAACAGUCUACCUGUUCCAUUUUAGUUGCUGGACUCGAGAGCAGGCAUCUGUCCAAGAGGAAGAUUUCUGGACGUUGAUAUUUACAGUAUCGCUGGAUUGGAUCCGCUGCGUUCCCGUUACCGUGCGCGUGUGGACAAUUGAUGCCGCCGGUCAUUCCAGGAUGGCAAAAGGCAGGAGGAGAAGGGGCGCUGGUUACAACCAUGGCAGGAAUCCAACGCUGAGGUUCACACUGCGAUAAUCCACAACUGCUGAAACUUGUAAAGUAUUCUUCUGUCUCCACCGAUUCUCCAGCCAAGCAUUGUUGCUCCCAUCCCAAAGAAAACAGUCUGCCUCAAUGACCCUGGGAGCCGACCACCUCACCAACACUGGGCCAUGUCUAUGUAAACAGAGUUGACACAAUCCACUCCAGUUACAGACACUCAGUGCUGGGAUACACACACACACACACACACCAUCCCUGUUACACACACUGUCAUUGUUACACACACACUGUCCCUGUUACACAC